UCGGUCGGUCGGUCCACGCCCACUAGACUGCCCGCUCCCCCCGCUGCGGCCCGCACACACUCGGCUCAGGGCUUCUGACGGAGGAGACCUGUCGUCCUCUCCCCCACCUUUCACAGCUCCUUCACUUUGUCAAACCUCUCUCUUUUCCUUUCAAUGGCCGUGCGUGGCGUGAUUUGCACUCAGCAGCGCAAUAGUUAAUGAGUGCCGGAUGCGCCCUCACUCCAGCAGACCGCUACAGUACGAAGAUGGCGUCGGAGGGAGCCAGCGGAGAGCAGCCUCCUCCGGUACAAACACUGGCAACCGCCGUGCUGGGAAGUGUCGACACGAAAUGUGAGUUCAACAUGGAUAACCUGAGCAAGCCAGAGCUGCUCACCCUGCUGAGUAUCAUGGAGGGAGAGCUGGAGGCCCGCGACCUGGUCAUAGAAGCCCUGAGGCUGGAGAUGGAGAAGCUGCAGCUGCAGAGUCUGGAGCAGGAGCACCGCAAGCUGACGGCGCAGCUGAAGGACGAGCGAGAGAAGAACAAGCACAUCGUCAUGAUGUUGGUGCGUGAGUGCAAGCAGCUCGCCACGCGGGUGGUGGAGGAGUCGCAGCGCUUUGACGAGCUCCAGGCUCGCCUGGACGAGGAGAGUCGCACCUCUGGCCGGCUGCAGGACGAGCUGAGCAGCGAGCGGCAGCGUAGCCAACAGAUGGAGGCCAAGAUGGAGAAGCAGCUGUCGGAGUUUGACACAGAGCGGGAACAGCUGCGUGCCAGGCUGGGCCGCGAGGAGGUCGAGAGCCACAGUCUGCGGCAGCAGGUGGAGCAGCUCAGGACUGAACAGGGCGAUGGGAAGGAUGGCGCCACUGUCGCCCAGCCUGCUGCUGCCGGAGCAGAACCUGCUGCUGCCACCAGCACACCACCCAAACCUAAAGCUCUGACGUCUGUUUCCGUAGCCACAGAGCCCAUCAGCUCUCGAACAGCGUCUUGCCAAACGGACCUGCCCCCCACUGAGGUGGAGGGUCCCAAGAAGAACCCCCUCACUAUACCCGUCAAACCAACGCCCUCCAACUACGUGGGCCUGAGUCUGCCAAAGACGAGUGGACGAGGGAUCGUCCACAGCAGCUCAGGAGGACUGGCACAGACAGAGAAUGGCUCAGAGGGCCAAGGCCCCCACGGCUUACCCAGUGGAGUCAGCCCCCGUGUCCAGGCGGCCCGCUACAAGUUCCAGGAACAGGACCAAAACGGCACGGCGUCCCAGAUUUGCCGCCAAGCAGCAAGCACGCCACACCGUCACACAGGUCCUUUCACGCUUCACCAGUCCUCCAGCAGGUGGUGGACCCCUGCGUCCAGGCCUGCCCCACUCCGCCUCAGAGGGAGGCCCUUUUCCCGGCCGCCUGAGCCAUCCCAUCGGCAUCAAGUCGCCCACGGUGGCCAGGAUCGACCGGGGAAACCCUCCCCCUAUCCCUCCCAAAAAGCCAGGGCUUUCUCAGACCCCCUCUCCUCCUCACCCACCCAUCAAGGUGGUGGGGGACAGCAGCCGCUCCCCUGGGGCCGGGCUGAAACCGGCCACGCCCCAGCUGCCACCCAAACCCGCCCUGGACCUGGUCCCAGCCCUGACAGCCUCUCAGGCUGGUGUCCCUCCGUAGUCUCCUCUCUAAGCGGCGGAGGGCCUGCUGCCCUGGACGGCGGGCGCCCCCUGCUCCCCCAAGCUGCUUCCCAGGGAAAUGUCACUUUAUUGUCAAUGCUGCUUAACCAACCAGACCCGACCACCAUCACCACCACCACCACCACUACCACCUCCACAUCCACCAACACCACCUCUACCGCCACCUCCACCUCUACAUCCGCCAUGGAAGACAAGCCCAAUCAUCUUGACCAAGACCACCACCUCUACCACAACCACCACCAAACCUCUGCCUUGUUUGCUGCUGCUCAGAACGGACACACAGAGUGUGUGAAGCUGCUGCUGUCAUCCGGAUCGCCUGCUGAUGUCUCGGAUGAAAAUGGAUUCACACCUUUACACUUUGCUGCCGCCCACGGCCACAGCAGCUGUGUGGAGGUGCUGCUGUCUGCAGGAGCUGCUGUGGACUCGACGGCGGCGGGGGGACAGACUUCCCUCUUCCUGGCCUGUGAGGCUGGACAGCUGAACUGCGUCCGUGUCCUGCUGAGCGCCGGAGCCGAUCGCUCACGCACCACAACGGACGGCUUCACGGCUCUCCACGCAGCGGUGCGCUCCGGACACGUGGACACGCUGCGUCUACUCCUCUGCCAUCCAAUUCAGGGUGACCCCACUGUGACCCCUGACCCCCCCGCCACCCUGGCACUGCCUGCUGCCCUGCUGAACCACGCCAACAGUGACGGCUGGACGGCUGCCCACAUGGCUGCCGCCCUGGGCCUCAAGGACUGUCUGGAGGUGCUGUGCAGCCACAGUGAACAGGACAUCGAGAGGAGGGAUAAGUGUAAUCGCACCAUUCAUGACGUGGCGACUGAUGACUGCAAAGAUCUACUUGAAAACCUCCACUCGUACCGGGUCCUGGUGCGUCUCCAGUGUUCAGGUGGAGGAGGAGCAGGAUCCAUGUGUCCCGUGGAGGCCCUGGAGGAGGAGGCGAAGGGCGUCACCAGCAGCCAGUUGGUGCUGGGGAGAGUCUCUGUGGACCGGUCAAUGCGUUGGUGUCAGCUGGGCUCCACCCUCAGACACGCCUUCACCUCCUACCUCCAGACUGUCUGUGGGGAGUCUCUGAUGGCCAGGGAGGAGGCGCAACGCCCACUGCUAGGCCUCAGUCCCGCCAGUAUCGCCUCCAUCCUUAUUGGUGACACCGAGUGGUUGCCAGAUCAGGAGCUGCCUCUAUCCCCCUGGGACCUGGUCAGAAAGCCCCUCAGCCAGCGCAUCACCAUCCGCCUCAAAGGUCUGUCUGAGUCGUGUCUCGAUGAGCUGGCUCUGGAAUACCUCUUCCCUCUGCCGCUGCUGCACAACUAUGUCCGCCUGGUGGAACAGUAUGGGAACCUCAUCUUUCACGGGCUGGAGGGCAGCUGUCAGGAGUACAUCGCCAGUCUGGUCGCUCACUGCAUCAAGUCGAAGCAGGAGGCAGGGGGGCUCGGCUGUGACGUGGUGAGGGUAGAGGUGGAGGAGAGCCUGACCAAAGAGCAGCUGCUGGAGACUUUCAUCAGCUGUGGUUUCCUGGUGCCAGCGGUGGGGUCAGGGGUCGGAGUUCCAGGUGGUUGCACUGCUCACUGUGUGGUGGUGCUGCUGGAGGGACUCGAGAAGGCUUCAUCCCUAACAGGCCUGCUGGGCGACCUCUGCCAUAGUCUGGACAACAGGGGCUAUGCCUCACCUCUGGUCCUAAACACUGGUCCCCACCACUUCCACGAAGGCAGCUUCCUGAUUGCGACGCUGUCGAAGCCCCGCCUGCAGGGAUCGGAGCUCCGCCUGCAGCAGCAUUUCCGCUGGGUAACACUGCGCUGGGAUCAGGAGCCGCUGCAAGGCCUGCUGGGAAGACACCUCCGCAGGAAGCUGCUUCAUAAGGUGGGGACGGCAGUUUGGUCACCUGAUGGCGUCAUGGAGCGGUCGGUGUUGUGGGUGAGUCAGGUUUGGCAGCAGCUCAAUGCCUGUCUGUCCCGUCUGGGGACCCAUGAGGCUUUGCUGGGCCCGCAGCUCUUCCUGUCCUGCCCUGUGGUCCCAAACAACACACAGGCAGUCGUCAGGUGGCUGGCUCGCCUCUGGAACGCCGUGGUGGUCCCCCGUGUGGAAGAGGCCAUCAUCUUACGGGUAACAGCCAGGCACCCCACCACCACCACCUCUUCCUCCUCCUCCUCCUCCUCCUCCUCCUCGCCGUCAUUGUCGCAGCGACCGUCUCCUAGCAACUGUGGGCUGAGUGCCGGGCAGCAGGCUGUGGUGAAAGCCGCCCUCAGCAUCCUGGUCAACAAGGCUGUUCUCCAGGGCUGCCCUCUGCCGCGGCACGAGAUCGACAGGUACCUGCUGGAGUUCAGGGGCGGGACCUUCCCCCUGUCAGCCAUCGGCUCCUAUAAAGGAAGUGGCGGUGGAGGAGGAGGGAGGAAGGGACGGGACAGCGGCAAGUUGAGACGAUCCAACACCAGCCCUCGGAAGAAGGGAAGCCCCGCCUUGAGCUGGAGCUCUGGCGGAUCCUUCAGAGAGGGUUCACUGUCGAGCACUGAUGUCAGCUUCAUCUCCAACGGCAGAGUCCAGAGGGAGCCUGUGGGUCUGUCUGUGUUCUCUGAUGACGAGACUGAUUUAAUCAGAGAGCUGCAGACCAUGUGCUCCAGCAAGUCAGAGCCAGACAUCAGCAAGAUCUCUCAGGCCAAAGACGACUUGAUCCUGUUCUCCAGCUCACCCAGCGAAGCGACGCCGCCCCACAAGGCCGAACAGGAAACCGCAGUCCAGCAGCGACCGCAGACGACCGUCGUCCGUCAGUCCAGCCGCAGCUCCAGCCAGGCAGCCGUCCAGAGCAGCGACCGACGCUCAGGCCCCCGCGCCAAAUCGCAGCUCCCCGUCCCCAGCAGCAGGGGGCAGCAGCAGACACGAGCCUCCACUGCUGCCUCCAGCAGCAACAAUAACGGCAGCAGCAGCAGCAGCAGCAGCCCCAGCCGAACCCAGACGCCCCCCAGCCGCAGCAGAACCUCCAACAGCAGCAGCAGCAGCAGCAGCAGCAGAACAAAGCAGGCUCCUCCCAGCAGCAACAACAACUACUACCGCAACAGCAUCAACGACAACAACCAAUCACACGAUGACAUCUGGAUCCUCCACAGAGACCUGCAUGAAAACAACAACAACAGCAAGUAGACACCCCCCCCCCGCCCCUCCUCCCCUCCUCCCCUCCUCCCCCGCCCUCCCUGAUUCCGCUGUGAAAACCUCCCUCCAUGAUGUAAAGACUAGGUACCUGACGACCUUUGACUUUUAGUAUUUGUACUUGUUAUCCGUACUUGUUACACUGUACUACAGUUGUGUACUUGGGGACCAUAGUUUUAUUCUAUCACAGUAUUUGAAGUAUUUGUUUGGUUUGACUUUAAAUAGGGAGAAAACAGCCGAAGGUAACGCAGCAGCAGGUUACUUUUACUGUUGCCUUAUUCCAGUGUUUCAACCUGCGUAUUCUGGGACAGUGUUCAGUAGACGACAUGCGGUGGAAGAAUUUACUGAAAUAAGUUGUGACAUAAAGUAUUUGACAGGUGGAAACUGCCUCAAAACAGAAGUGACACAGUGUUUUUGUGUUCUUAAAGUGGAAUACUGAACUGGUGCGACUGGUAUAAGGCCAUCGAAGAGUAACUGGAGGUUCUUACAGGUUGUUACCUUUUAGUGAAACGUGUUUUUUGGAUCAAAGAAAGAAACAAGCAGGUUUUUCUUUUUCUUUUUUUGUUGUUUUUGCUAUUAAGUAUUUUGAGAUAUUCAAGUGUUUUAUCUUUAAAUAGUUGCAAGGUUGGUUUAAAUACUGUUGAAAUUAAUCAGGGUUUUACCAAAUAUAUUUGUAAAUAAGAAUUAGUAAGUUUAAAUGCUCUAUAGAUUGGUGUAUGUGGUACAGUAUGACGCUUGUACAGUGACGAAACCUUAAAGCAAAACUGCUGAAAAAAACAAACUUGUACAUAGUGUUUGUAAAACGAGUUUGGUUCUGAACCCUUCACUUGUUUCAGAGUGACGGGCCGUGGCAAUAAGUAAUAGAACUGUAUAAACACAGGAUGUCCUAUCAACUGUAAGCCAUAAUAAAUAUUUUAAAUGCCCAUCAUUUUUCCCUGAGUCAUGUUUCACCCCAGCUGAGCCCAACAGUGUAAUUCAUACUUCUUUGUUUUGUUGCUUUCCAUUACCACUGUGUUCUUUGUAUGUUUUUACUUUCAAGGACAAGGUUUCUGUUCAGCGGACAUUGUUUAUAUAUAUAAAUAUAUCUAUACAUAUGUACAGGAGAGAUUUUAGUCAACCUAUGAUUUGGAUCUGUACGAUAGCUGUUUGAAGUUUAAAGAAUUGUCUUUCAAGCACAAACAUUAAAAUGGCACUGUUAAAAAUCCC